GAUUUUAUUCUCAACGUGUCUAUCUUACGUGCCGGGAUGUCGCGUUUUUCUUCAUGGCUUUGCAAAUUAUGCCGGUUGAUACAGAUUAAAGAAGCCAGUUCACAGACAAUAAUUAUGUCAGAGUCUGAAAUUAUUUCGCUAAAGUUCGCGAAAUUGUCGGACAAAGCGUUUGCGCCGACAAAAGGAUCGGAAUAUGCGGCAGGAUACGAUUUACGAAGUGCAUACAAGUAUAUCAUACCAGCCCAUGGCAAGGAAUUAGUUAAAACUGAUUUACAAAUAGAAGUUCCUCUUGGUACAUAUGGCAGAAUUGCACCACGAUCUGGAUUAGCGUGGAAAAAUCAUUUAGAUGUAGGUGCAGGUGUUAUAGAUGCAGAUUAUCGCGAAGAAAACAUAUGGAAGCUUUGCCAAGAUGUAGCGACUAGGCAUCCUUCCGAAUUGCAACAUUGUCAUGUUCUUUUCGUAAGCAAUUCACGACGAAGCGUUCCCCUUUGGCGUCAACGGGCCGGAAAGGACGAGGACAAAUUGGUCGUGUGGGACUAUCAUGCUAUUCUCAUCUAUGCUCCCGAUGAAAGGGCAGUGGUAUACGAUUUAGAAAGUUCCCUGCCGUUCCCUACACAUUUCUGGAAAUAUGCCACCGAAACCUUCAGAUCUGAUGAAGCAUUGCGGCCUGAAUAUCACAGAAGAUUCCGUCUGGUACCUGCCAGCGUAUAUUUGCAACAGUUCGCAUCAAGUCGGCAUCAUAUGAAGCGCAAGGAUGGCACAUGGAUCAAGACACCGCCAGAUUAUCCUCCGAUCUCGACACCAACAUGCAAGGAUAAUCUCGAUUCAUUUAUCAACAUGGAACCAGGAACCGGAUUAGGCGUUGUAAUGAGUUUGAAACAAUUAGUCAACCGGUUUUAUAGGCCAAAUGUUAACACACAGGCGCCGACGCCGCCUCAACCGCAAGCCACAGCGACUUAAAUUGUGAGCUAUAGUGUGUUGUUCGCGUACGCUUUGAUUAACGAUAUUGGGAAUAAAUUAUAUGGCCUAAGGGAAUUGGUUUUGGUGCAUGCACCUUUGUGGGCUAAAAUAUUUGAUCGAAAUUUGAUAAUAAUGUUAGUUAAUUGCUGCUAAUUCUGGCAGAAUUUCAAAUAUAAAAUCGUUACAAUUGUAUCUUUAUUAGAGCGAAAUUCGCUCAGAGAGAUGGAACCGAGAGAAUUUUAGUGAAAUUAUAUUUUAUUGUCGUGUUGCAAUAUUUUUGUUAAAUUUUAUCACAUUGUAUACACAUUUUAGAGUUUAGAUAAAUUUAUCGAAUUUUAUUAAUUAUUUUCUUUCUACUAUUCCGGCACAAAUAUUGCGCAUAAACUUUUGAAUAGCAUGAGACCAGUAAAUAUAUAAAAAAGAAUAUCGAUGCAACUAUUAAUUAUUUAUCAUAAAAAAAUCCCGGUUCCAGAUAUAUAAGUAGAUUUUUAAAAAAUCUCAUAUUUUACUCAUAAUCAAAACCUACGUAUAUCGAUAACAGAAAUACACACUUUUUCCAAUACAAUACGGGAUUGACGUCUUAUUCUUCAAUCGAGUGAUUUGGCUUAUCACGAAUAAAAAGCAAUUCUGCUGAGCAAUUCUACUUUCUUGAUAAGCUUAUGUACCAUAUUAAUGGACUUCAUUAAAACAAUCCAUUUUCUCUCUUCUAUUAAAGUCUCUUUCGCAGAAUUUACCGGAGAGAUAUCCUCCUCCGGCAAUGCAGCACAUUACAUUCGACCACGUUCUAAAUACAAGUCGUAUUUUAUGUAAGUACUUUUGUCUUCAUGCCAUAAGACGAUCUUUCUCUCACGGCUUUAUUCUGUCAUGUGGUGUUAUUAUAAUUAUUGUGUCAAAGACUGAUGUAUUUACAGAGAGUUAUCCGACUUGAUAGAGAUCCCUUUGUCUAUCGGCGCGUGUUCGAAGCGCGGGAUGCGAUUAAAGCGCUUAUAAUUACUGUGCGAUCGAUGUAAUAAGGUCAAGAACUUAAUCUUUGCGACGUAAUGUAAUUAUUACGAUUAUUGUAAUUCUUGUGAUACUUUACACUUUCUACUUUGAAUACCUACGCUAUACUUAUCUACUGUUUGUACUAAAAGUCGAUUCUUAAGAGAUAUAUUUGCUUGUUGAGCUUCCCUAUAUUGGCGUAUUGACUUAAAUGAAUAUGCGAUAUCGUCACGCGACCAAUUACUAACAUCGAAGAACCUGUUGAUUCAACGAACGUAUGUUGCUUUAGUGAUGAUAGAAAUAAAUUUUACAACGAAAACAUUUUAAAUUCUUCACUUGUACUGGAAGUAAAAUUAGCAUUCUCUUAAAAUGUAAUAUUAUUUAUCUCUAUUACUAGUAUAAGAUAUAAUAUCAUUUUUCGAUUCUAUAUAUCGAGAUAUAAAAUAUUUUUUUCAAUUUAUUGAUUAUUUGAUAUACUAUCUUUAUAUUAUAUAUUAUUAUAAACAUUUGGAUUAUUAUAAACAUUUAUUCUUGUGGAUUAACGGUUAACUCUCAUUUAUAAUGAAUGAAAUUCACCCUACGAAUUCGAGCAUAGUAUGAAGUACACACAUUUAAAUGUGCUCGCAAUUAUAGAGUGACCUUCAUAUACCAGAAUAGCCAAACGGCUUGGAUUGCAACGGAGUGCAAUAUAAGUGCUUGUUAUCUAUGGUCAUGGUGGUAACCUUGGAACGCAAAGGGUUAAAUCGCGUGUUAUGCACAUUUUAUCAGAUACGGCAGCCUUGAAAGUUCAGCCUUUAUGCGUCGUAAACUUAUUUCCCUCAUGUUUAUGUUAUUUAAUAAUAAUGAUAAUAUGUGUGUGUGUAGUACGCAACUCAUUCUUUACGCGAUACCGCUUUCGAUUUCAACUUAUUAGCUUUAACUAUUUUAUUCGAAUGUAAUAAGGAAGUUUAUCAACAAGCAAUUAGUAUCAAACUAUCGAUUCGUCGCGUUGAUGCCAUAAUUAUUUUCAUGAAUAUGCCAAUUAUUCGUGAAAGAAUUCACCGAUCGGGCCGAUAGUUUUAAGAAUUCGCCCACUUUUUGCCUUCCAAAAUAUCUCACUAGUUCACUCUGUCUUUCUCAUCGACACAUGUUUAUCUCUAGUUUGCAUGUAUCAUGUUACUACCAAUGUAAGUAUUUAUAAGC